GACAGAAGGUCUCAGUCCCUCACGCACACACACACACACACACACACGCUCGGCUGAUCUCUCAGACCGGAGGAGAGCCGCUCUCCAAGCCUCACAUCCCAGGACGAACUUCAGCUUCAGCUCCUAAAAGUCUAGGCUGGAGGUUCUAGGCUGCAUGUCGGUCUCGUGUCGAGUAACCGAGAUCUCGUGUUCUGUCGGUCCUCCACUGAGUUCUGAUAGGAAGCAUCAAAGCCUCCGAGACCCCUUUAAUUAAUGCUGUUGUUGAUCCCGCGCGCCGAAUCUUUAACUAUCAAAUCGACGUCCUGCGCUCUGCGCUCUGCCGUCCCGCUGUCCGCAGAGACUCGGCACCUUCCGGACUCUCCGCUCCUCAUUUACAGGCAGGUUUAUGCACUUGCACUGACGUCAAUGGAGCAAUCUUGGAUGUAUAUAACGGUUCAGCUGCAGGCGCUUCUCUCCCAAAGCCGCUCGGAACGACGCGUCCACUCCAAGUCCCGAGUCAGACUUCCUGUCUGUCUGAGCUCCUGAAGCCUCAGAGAAGCAGACGACUUUCCGUCUGAAGCCCGUGUGUCCAGCAUGAAGCCCGUGCCCGCCGUCCUCCUGCUAGCCGCCGUCCUCCUGACCACCCACAUCCCACUCAGCGCGUGUCGACCCCGGGACCUGGACGUUCUUGACGGCCGCGGGUACAAGAAGCAGCUGGACGAAGUGCUGCUGAGGGCGGGGGACAGCGCCGUGUCCUACCUGCUGGGCGAGAAGCUCCUGCAGUACCUGCAGCAGAGGAAGCCCGCGGCGCACAGGAGCGCCUCCAUCAGCUCACCUGCAGCAGAACUGGGGCUGGGACAGGGGCUGGGACAGGGGCUGGGACAGGGGCUGGGGUUGAGCGCCGAGGCUCCAGAAAGGGGAUUCUGGCGAGAGAAUGAGGGCGGCUCGCGCGAGGAGCUCGUGGGCUUCUCCAAGAGGAACGAGGAGCCCCCGAUAUCCAUCGACCUGACCUUCCACCUCCUGCGCAACAUGAUCGAAAUGGCGCGGAUCGAGAACCAAAGGGAGCAGGCGGAGCUCAACCGCAAGUACCUGGACGAGGUGGGCAAGUAAGGGGGGCGAGUCCAGACCAGCUCCUCAGACCUCAGCUCGCGCGCUCUCUCUCCAGGUUCUUGCAAAAACACAAAAACAAAAGCAUAGCAUGCGUCGCCGGAAGCCGUCAGAGCUUUAAGGGAAACGUGGCCGAGUCGAGAAGUGUGUGAGUG